AUGAAAGAUAUAGGUAAUCUCAAGUAUUUCCUCGGGAUUGAAGUUCUCAGGUCUAAACGGGGGAUCUUCAUUUGCCAAAGAAAGUAUGUCCUUGAUCUUCUGGUGGAAACGGUGUUGCUUGAUUGUAAACCCGCAGAUACCCCAAUGGUGGUGAACCACAACCUACAGAUGGAACUUAAUGGGGAGCUUGCAGACAAAGAAAGGUAUCAACGACUCGUGGGCAAGCUAAUCUAUCUCUCUCACACUCGUCCUGAUAUAGCGUAUGCGGUUGGAGUAGUAAGUCAGUUCAUGCACCAACCACAAGUUGCCCACAUGGAAGCUGCUCAGAGAAUUUUAAGGUAUCUCAAAGGGACUGUAGGCCAUGGAGUGUUGUUCAAAACAAAUGGACACCUGAAUGUUGAGCUCUACACUGAUGCAGACUGGGCAGGAGAUAAGGGAAAUCGAAGGUCGACAUUAGGGUACUUCUCCUUGGUCGGUGGAAACCUUGUUACCUGGAGAAUUAAGAAACAGAAGGUGGCUGCUCUGUGGAGUGCAGUGCAGGAAAGAAUCAUAGAGCUCCUAUAUUUAUCAUCAAAAGAUCAAUUCGCAUAUAUUCUUACAAAGGCCGUCAAUAGAAACACUUUUAGUAGCUGCUUGAGCAAGUUAAGUAUUGGUGACCCCACUACUCAACUUGAGGGGGAGUGUCGGAAAGAAGAGAAUAAAUGA